CUGUAUCCGGGCAACCUAAGCUAACAUUACACAGAAUUGAAAAUUAAAAAUGGAUUUCUCGUAGCUUCUCCGACAUGUUCGUCUCCUUUCUUCGAUGUAAAGAGCAGUAACAUGAGGGGACGUUAAGCCCAUCAACACAACAGGGACAAAUACGGUAUUUUGAAGCUUCCCACCGCUCCGGGGUUUUGGUUUGUGGUUACAUGCCACGAUGGCUUCGUCCUCUGGAAACGACGACGACCUCACAAUCCCCAGAGCAGCUAUCAACAAGAUGAUCAAGGAAACUCUCCCUAACGUACGAGUGGCAAACGAUGCCAGGGAGCUGGUGGUGAACUGCUGCACAGAGUUCAUACACCUCAUAUCCUCCGAAGCCAAUGAAAUAUGCAACAAGUCCGACAAGAAGACCAUAUCUCCUGAGCAUGUCAUCAAUGCCCUCGAGAGUCUUGGUUUUGCAUCGUACAUCACCGAGGUGAAAGACGUCCUGCAGGAGUGUAAGACCGUGGCUCUGAAGAGGAGGAAGGCCAGCUCCCGACUGGAGAACCUGGGCAUCCCAGAGGAAGAGCUGCUCAGACAACAGCAGGAGCUGUUUGCCAAGGCGCGGCAGCAGCAGGCCGAGCUCGCCCAGCAGGAGUGGUUGCAGAUGCAGCAGGCCGCCCAACAGGCACAGAUGGCGGCAGCGUCUGCCAGCGCCGCCCAGCAGGCCGGCUCCUCUCAGGAUGAAGACGAAGAAGAUGACAUUUGAGCCCAGGACGCCACUCAACCUGUCCGAAUCUCUCACAGAUCUCCCAGUACUGUCAGUGACAUAGACAUGACAUGUGUUUCACCACUGGAACACAUCAGUGAACCAAUGGAAAUGAACAUUUUGGAAUGGACAGUGAAGAGAAUGAAGGGGGAUUUUAAAAUAAGUCACCCGUUCAGAUAUCAGUUCCUGAAAAUUAUUUGGAUUGAGGGGCUGUUAAGGAAGUUUUUGACUAGUCCCAUCUUUCCCCUUUUUUUCCCAGUUGCUCCUAUUAAAUUGUUUUGAUAUUAUGUUGUGAGUAUUUUGUAGAAUUCUGGAUGUGUUGUGGACACACUGAAGAAAACUGUUGCCUGGGAUAUGUUGGUGAAUUUCGGUGACCGUGCAGCAAGCGUUCACUCCUGCGGGCACUGCACCAGACAGCUUACUUCUUUUUCCGUUUGACUAGAUCACUUUGGUUGUUUUAGGAAAACAUGUUUGUAAUAUUUUCAGAGCUGUCGAUUCGGCCCUCCUUGUGGUUUGACAGCCAUUUUUACAGGCAGGUUUUUUCCCCCGUCUUGGUAUAUUUGUUCAACAGAGGAUUGAUGGGGUGUGAAUAUGAGAUAUUGUUUUUGUUAACUAAGGAACUUAAUUGAUAUUUUGCAUUAUUUUAGUUCAUUAAAAUAUUUUAUGUUUCAUUAUGUUCUACAUGAACCACCCACAGUAUUUCUAAUUAGCUGCAUCUUUCCAAUUUUGUUUUGCUCCAGAGCCAAAGAGAGGAAAGACAGACCGCUCACACUUAGUGGCCCUGUACACGCCUGGUAUAAACAUCUGUCCUUCAGAGACCCGAUCACAAGUGGCCAGCGCUAAGUAUUUGUGUUCACACCUAGCGUUAAAGUGCGUCCUGAAUGUGUCUCCAGUGACCACUUGUGAUCGGCUCCACUUCCCUGCUCAACAUGUAAUGUAACAGACCAAACAAUGUCGCUUUGAGCCAGUCUGCGUUUACAGAUGUGUCCGAUGUCACUGUGUGUGUGUGUGCGUGUGUGUGUGCGCGUUUGCGUCUGUGUUCGUGUUUGUGUAUCGGCAUGAGCGAGUGAAAAAGAGGUAGAGAAAAGAGUCUGGUGAGUUUGAAUGAAUCUCGUGCAGCUGUGAAGAGAGAUUUGACCAAUUUCAGGGAAUUUAAGAAGCGAUCAUCAUGUGGUGAUUGGUGUUGAUAUUGUGGCGGGGGUUAAAAAAAAGUCAUCCAGAAGAGAAAAUAUACAUUCGAAUCGUUUUGAAACGUGAGAGAACAUCAGCUGAAUAGGAGGUCCCUCAUAUGACCCAGGAUGGAUUUGGGUUCCCACUGUUAAAAGGAUGUGGGCACAUGUGGCCCAGACCACCUCUGAAUGUGGUCUGCCGUGAUCGGAUUGCAAUCAAUCUGAAUGCGUUCAAGCCAGUCCUCAAAGCUGUCCCCUUGGAAUCGGAUCACAAAAACCACAUGUUAAUACCAGGUGUGUACGGGGACAGGGUUUCUAUUUUAAAGGUGUGGGUGCUGCUGUGAUUCUUGUUGCUGCCUCCUAGUCAGGGUAAACAACGUUAAGGAUUAUCAACCUAUGACUUUGUAAGAGGCUUUGAUAUGAAUUUGUUAUUUCCGCUCUGCCUGGAUUGUGACUAUGGUCAGUCCUCGGUGUAAAGACAAGUAACCUAGUUGUGAUACAUACACUUCAAAGAUGUAUUCUUUCAGCAAUAAAGGAAACAUGUUUUAUACUGGU